GAUGGAGGAGAGAAGACAUCCCUACUUUGUGUUGUUCGUCUUUCAUCUAGCAAUAGCAUUUGUUCAAGGAUAUAAUCUAACUCCAACUGCAGUUAUCCCGAGUUCAAAUGGUGAUUCCAUGAUGGAUAUUAAUCCUACCAAAGUGACCGGUUAUGGGCCAUGCAAUGCCAGACUGACGUAUAAAGGAAAUGAGGCACCCAUUGCAGUGAAUAUAACAGAGAAGACAAGUCCGGUAUUCACGUGUACAGCAGACUGCAGUCCUCCGUGUAACAUUACAUGGUAUAAAGAUGGCAAGACUAUAGAAUCGAAUGGCAAAAAUAAAGAUUUGAAAAUCAAUCGGAUCGUCAAAACACACUCAGGGACGUAUAAGUGUCAAGCAUCUGGUGUUGCAGGAAAAAAAUCUUUUUCUUCAGAGUUAAAAGUAACAGUUCACUAUGGACCACGCAAUGCCAGACUGACGUAUAAAGGAAAUGAGGCACCCAUUGCAGUGAAUAUAACAGAGAAGACAAGUCCGGUACUCACGUGUACAGCAGACUGCAGUCCUCCGUGUAACAUUACAUGGUAUAAAGAUGGCAAGACUAUAGAAUCGAAUGGCAAAAAUAAAGAUUUGAAAAUCAAUCGGAUCGCCAAAAUACACUCAGGGACGUAUAAAUGUCAAGCAUCUGGUGUUGCAGGAAAAACUUCUUUUUCUUCAGAGUUAAAAGUAACAGUUCACUAUGGUCCAAACAAUGUGGCCAUUCAGUAUACCAACGACCGUAAGGAAUUAUGGGAAGGACGUGGAGAGAUAACCAUCACUUGUAAUGCUGACUGUAAUCCAAGAUGUAAUUAUUGGAUGCGUCACAAUGGACGCAACGUUUCUACAGAAAACACAUAUACCUUUACCAUGGAUCGGAAAAACUCGGGAGAGUACAGCUGCGCAGCCAGGAAUUCUGUGUCGACUUCUGCAAGUUUCUCUAAAACUAUCACGCUCGAUAUCAAAUAUGGACCCAGCAAUGUGUCAAUUCAGUAUACCAGCGACCGUGAGGAAUUAUGGGAAGGGAGUGGAAAAAUAACCAUCACUUGUAAUGCAGACUGUAAUCCACGAUGUAAUUAUACGAUACAACGCGAUGGAAGCUGGUUAUCUUCAGGAAAGACGGAAGUGCUCACCUUGAAUCGGAAAAACUCGGGACAGUACAGCUGCACAGCCAGGAAUGCUGUGCACAGGACUAAUGUAAAGUCCUCUAAGAGAGUUAGACUUCAUAUCAAAUAUAGGACUGUCAGGUUAUCAUCCAUAAAGAAGAAUAUUACACUUGAGGUGAACCAUAACCUUCCAUCCAAUGUUGUGUGUACCAUUGACUGUAACUAUGGAGGCUGUGGUUCUUCUACCAUCACGGUUCUGAGGAAUUCCGAGGUCUACAAUACGAUGUACACUAACCAGAGCAUAUUUCAACGUCGACAAGCACUUCUUUCAGAUGACGGAAUGUAUAAAUGUAAAUUAUCGGACAACAUCGAGUCAGCUGAAAACUUUCAGCUGGUCAUUUUCUAUGGACCAAGAAACGUCAGCAUUAGAGAGGACUGGAGAAAUGCUGAUGCUGAAAUUGUUCUGAGAGAGAGGUCUUAUGGUACUUGGCUGUCAUGUUCAGCAGACUGCAAUCCAGCAUGUAAGAUAUCGUGGUAUAAAAAUGGACAACUGCUGUCUCAACGAAACAAGGCCGUUUAUAUUACAUCCAAUAGACGAGAGUCUGGAAACUAUAAAUGUGUAGCAAGUGGAGUUGAAGGGACCGUAUCUUCCAACCAAGUGAAAAUAACAAUUCAAUAUGGUCCAAAAAAUGUAACCAUUCAGUAUACCAGCGACACUGAGGAAUUGUGGGAAGGAAGUGGAACAAUAACCAUCACUUGUAAUGCAGACUGUAAUCCACAAUGUAAUUAUCAUAUAUAUCGCGAUGGGGGCUGGUUUUAUACAGGAAAGACGAAAGUGCUCGCCAUGGAUCGCAAAAACUCGGGAAAUUACAUCUGCACAUCUAAAAAUUCUGUGAUAACGACUUAUACAACGUCUUCUAACACAAUCAGACUUGAUAUCAAAUAUGGACCGAAAAAUGUCAAAAUUAUGAAGGGCGGAGGAAACGCUGAUGCUGAAAUUGUUCUGAGAGAGGGGGAUUCUGGUACUAGACUGACUUGUUCGUCAGACUGCAAUCCAGCAUGUAACAUAUCAUGGUAUCAAGAACGGAAAGUUCUGUUUCAUCAACGAGACAGGACGACCAUUUCUAUUACAUCCAACAGACGAAAUUCUGGAAACUAUAAAUGUGUAGCAAAUGGAAUUAAAGGGACUGUAUCUUCUAAACAAGUGAAAAUAACAGUUCAAUAUUCGCCCACGACUGUGAAAGUAAUGCCAGACAGUAACGUUUAUUAUUCAAAUCGAGGAGGAAGACCACUGGAGAAUAUCACAUGUCAAGCGGACUGUCUGCCAGAGUGUACCUACACGUGGAAGAUGGAGAAUCCGUACUGGCCGGACACAAUAUUUAAUACAGGCGACACGUUAUUUGCAAAUAGAAAUUUUACGUAUAACGAUAGUAGACGCUUUAAAUGUGCAGCAACGAAUGACGUCGGCGAAAGAGAAAGUAGAUGGAUAACAGUGGAAAUGAAGAAGGGACCGGACAGCGUAAGGAUUACAACAAAACCUCCACGUGGAAGACAACACGAACCGUUUGAAAUGGAGUGUUCGGCUACUUGCAAUAACGGAUGUCUAUCCUACAGUUGGUUCCACGAGAGAAAGUUAAUUUACCGUGAAGAACUUCUUCAUUUUAACAACCUUUCCAAGACAGAUAAUGGAGUAUACACCUGUACAGCCAGUGACUACGUUGGAACAACCUCUACAUCCUAUAAUUUGAACGUACAGUAUGGUCCAGUCAAUGUGAGCAUUCAGAACACAAGCGAUGGAAAUAAUUUAAUUGAGAAACAAGGAUAUGUAAACCUAACUUGUCAUGCAGACUGCAAUCCACCAUGUUCUUAUAUGUUUUAUCACAACGAUAAACGCAAACAAAACAGAUUUCCUGGAGAUAUAUAUAAAACGAAAGAAAACUCAGGACGGUACAGUUGUUCAGCAACGAAUUAUGUAGCAGACACGCCCACAAAUUCCAGUAAUUCUGUUGAUAUCUAUAUACAGUAUAAACCGAGAUUAACAGUUUCAAAUUUUCCACGGAUCGCUGCCCCUGGCUCGCUGAAGCUUAACUUUAGUGUUGACAGUUUUCCUGCAUCAAAUGUGACAAUAUUCCACAAUGAGAAGUUGGAUUUCUUUCCCAAUUUCACAGGAGACAAAACGUAUAAAAUAAACAUUAGUUCUUGUCUAGAUGAAGGGAAAUACAGAAUUGUUGCUGAGAAUAUAGUUGGAAAGCAGUCCACCUCUAAAACACUUACUGUUCAGUGUGCUCCUAUUAUUAUCACGUCUUCAAAUACCACAAACAAAGGUUUUGAAAUUGGAGAUGCAUUGAAUCUGACAGUGAAGUUUAUGGCAAAGCCAAGCCCAAAUGCAUCAUGGACAUUUUUCUCAAAGGAAGAUGUGAGGAAAGGUGUUCCGAAAAUUCCUACAGCGACCGGAAAGGGCUUUACAAGUAUCAUUGUUAGUCAUAUGAGCGUACAUGAUUUUGGAACCUAUCAACUUACAUUGAAUAAUAAAUUUGGACGAAAUGAAACAGAAUUCAACAUUCAAGGUCCCCCUCAUCCACCCACUGAACUGACUGUGAACUGUUCAAACACUGUACUAAUCCAAUGGAAGCCUGGAUUUGACGGAGGAAGCGAUCAGAGAUUUGUUAUUGAAUACACAACCAAUGUAUCGUCAUCAUGGCUCUCCCACAAUCCACAUCCGGUGACAUCAGACAAUGUCGGCCAUUUAUCUGCAUAUAUCCAUUUUCUUCAACCCUAUGUUCCUUAUUUUUUCCGAAUCGUUGCGGAAAACCGUUUUGGAAGUAGGAGGUCGGGAUCAACUGCAAAGUGCACAAUACAAGGUAUAUUUUUCAAUUUAACAACACAUUUCUUCUCCAAAAACUUUAAUGUUGAGGGUAAGUAUCCAAAGAAAUAUUCUAAACUAAGCAAGGUUAAUUCUGGUUGACAUAUAAACUCAUGGUUCCAUACAGAUACAUUUAGCCAAACACAUGUUAUUGAUAUCACAUAUAAUGAACAAUCUGUAGUACACACUAGAGUGUAUACUUUAUGAGGAUCUUGAUAUAUUUCACAAAACAAUUCCUUAAAGUAGAAGACUGUGUUUUUGUUAAACCGAAAAUGAAUCUAGAUCCGAUUUCGGUUAGUGUAUCGAGUACCAAAACAACCUACAAAUAGAACAAUGCAAAGACAAAAUUCAAGGAGCAAUUAAAAAGACAAAUCAAAAUAGAACGUAAAAAGCCCUUACAGAAAAUUGGCGGGACCGAUGGAGGUAUAAAGAAGAAGAAAUGGAGCCAUCGGUUGUUUUUCAAGAGAUGGAUUUGGAGCAGAGAUUACCCUUACGGAGUAAGUAAUGCGCCAAACGAUAAAUACAAAAUAAUGACACAAUGAAAAUGUACAAUAUCCCUAUUUUUGUACAUCUCCCUCUAUCUUUGGUGAAGUUCAUGUUUCAAUAUUAGAUUCAAUAUUGAAUAGAUAACCCCAGUGGUACCUGACUAUGAAGUAAGUGUGAAGACGUGGCGAACGAGAUAGAGGUAUGGAAUGUGAAUUUGUAGGGAGUGUUGGGAGAUGUCGAAGAAUUGUAGAUUUUGGCAUUCUGGCAGACAACCCUCAAAUACUGCCAGCCUUUACCAGACUUUGAAUCUGACAAGUUUGGUAUCUCGUAUGUAUGGGAAGUAAGAUGCAGAAACACCUUAUACAAUCAAGCCCAUCAUAUGACGACUGACUCAUAGCACACAACGGAGAUAAGAAGAAAAAGCUUGGAAUACCAACAAUAAACUGGCAGCAGCAUUAACCUUAAUUACCAUUUAUUGAAAUUGGAGAGAAGACCAGGAAAUGUGUGAUUAUGCAAUGAAAAGCAAGAAAAUAUACUGUUCAACAACAUGCUGUUCAUUAAAUUGGCAGGACUCUGUAAAGGCUGGGAGGCCUUUCAUAGCAAGGUGAAAACUAUGGUCAUGGACAAUGAGUCUACUUUUAUUGGUGGAGUGAAGGCAACAAUGAAUCCUGGCUAAGCAAAAGGCUGACAGCAGCCAAACCGAAACGGAUUCAAAGGUGCAUAGUACUUUAUGCAUAUGAUGAUGGAGUAUAGCUACAUAGAUAUGACAAGUUGACAGUGGGGAAGCUGAGCAGGUAAACAUGAGUCAUGUGGAUUGUGACGUAAGCAUGGACGAAAGGCUGUAGAUAAAAAUGGAUUCUGCAUUGGGAACCCCAGUCUGAUCUGACGUAAAAGUCACAUCAAAGAUAAUGGCAUAAGUAUAUAUGUUGCAAAAGCUGGUAAGGUUACAAAAAUGGGAUCAAUACCAACCAACUAGAAUUAAAAUUUCAACAAUGUGGUUUCCAAGAAGUCACCCAAACUUUUGUAAGUAUCAUAAUUUGUAUGCUGAAAGGUAUAUCAUUAUGUUUAGGAAAUUGAAGUUACCCAUGCAUACUGAAAUUGUCAUCAGUCAUGACAUUUUGAUAUUCCUUUAGUUUUACAGACACUAGAUUCUCUGUAACAAUUUGUCUAAAAGCGAGGGUAAUAAGUAUAAAUCCAAGGUAAAAGAAAACGUGUUAUAUAACUCCAAGGUAAAAGAAAACGUGUUAUAUAACUCCAAGGUAAAAGAAAACGUGUUAUAUAACUCCAAGGUAAAAGAAAACGUGUUAUAUAAUGUAAAACUUAUACGGUACCAAUUUUGAUGCACCUGAUGCGCAUUUCGACAAAUAAUGUCUCUUCAGUGAUGGUCAACCGAAAUGUUUGAAAUCCGAAAUAACAAUGAAGUUUUAGAGCUAUUAUAGCCAAAAACAGCGUGCCAAAAAAGUGGAGUCAAAUUCGUCCAAGGAUAAGAGCUAUGCAUGAGGGAGAUAAUCCUUAAUUUUGAAAUGAAUUUCUAAAUUUUAUAACAGCAAUUAAAUAUUCAUCCGUAUUUUCAAGCUAGUAACGAAGUACUUAGAUACUGGGCUGUAGAGACCUUCGGGGACUAACAGUCCACCAUCAAAAAUGAAAAAUAUUUCUUUCGAAACACGUGAAUCAGUCUAAGGAUAAGAGCUAUAUAUAACUCUCAUGUCAGUUUCUUCCUAUGUGUUUAAAUUUGAAGUUUACAAGUAAACAAUUUUUUGGUAUUUUUUUUUUUUUAGUUUUAGAAUUCGAUGUUGAAAGCGAACAGUGAUUUAUCUCAUCACUAUUAUGGAGAAUACAAAUUACGAGUAGGUCAACCACGAACCUUUGAAAAUACUAGAUGUGGGCGAUGUGCCUAGGACUAGUCAUGUCAUCAGGAGAAUUCGCUAUUAAACGCACCGGCAUACUAGAAAACAAGUUGAAUAAUCACCCUGAGCAAGUGCAAAGGAGCACAGAGCGCAAACGUCAUCAGCUGAAAUUUCAAAGAUCGGCAAAUAAUAGCAUAGGCUCUAAUUGCAUGGGUACACAUAUUUAACUUUUUCUAUUCCAGUUAAAAUGGUUGCAUGGAUGAAGUUCAUUGCAAUUUACAGGCAUGUUUUUUUUUACAGUUUCCAUUACGCUCCAUUGCAAAGGGUUUGCUAUUUCCAGGAAACUUAUAUAAACUUUAUAUUGUUGUAUUUUAUAUUUGAGAUGAUUAGAUGAUGGUUGUCUUUGAGCCACUAACUGUUUACCUUGUUAAAGAUCAUUUGUCAUAAUGAGAGAUACAUUUUAUUGCAGGUGAAAUCCCUAAUUAUUAGUUCAGUUUUAUACAUAUAUCAUACAUAUGAAAUGGUAAAGAGGGUACAUUUAAAACAAGUGUAGCUUAAAUAUCUUUCCAAAUGUGUUUCAGCUGACGACUACAAUGGUAAUGGGAUUUUUUACACAGAGAGAGAGAACGACAUAGGAAAUGUAACGCUGUAGAGGGACUUUUUAGUGCCAACAGGCCAAUUUCGUAUGAUCUUCAACCAAGAGACCAACGGCUUGAUAAUUAACUAGAACGUCAGAAAUAAUCCAGAUGUCUGCGGUUUGUGGGGUGAAGGAACCCAGACAUCGUCCCAGAAGUCUAAAGGCAUUAGCUGUGAAAAUGAUGGACAUUUGUAGGAAGAAUGAUGAAACACAAUGGCGUGGUUGAUGAUACGUCUAAUGGAGCUGGAAGACUGUCUUCCUUUAUACAGUUCAUAAAUUCAUUUGACAUUAAAUCAUUACUUUUUUGUCACAAUGUUUUAACAUUUGACAUCCUUGUUCUUAUGUAUAAACUUUUUAUUUCAAAAUAUCAAGAAUUGUAUAAAGUUUCAUAAAUACUCUUAAAGUUGUCACACAUAUCUACAGCAAAAAUGAUGUUUCAGGCUUGAAGCAACAUACUCUAAAUUUACUUGUCAAAGAUUACGAAGCUCACAAUGCAUUAGCUGAUGAUGCUAAAACUUGAAGAGUAAAUUAAGUUAAAUUAAGCCUUUGUUUUCAUGUGUAAGGGGUGAUGUCUUCACUUUAAGCUAUCAUAUUGUAAAGUUAUCCUUCAAGUUCCUUGCACAAAGAAAGUUAUUUCUAUUAAUUGCACUUCCAAGACAAUUGUAUUACAUUCAAUAAGUUUAUCAAAACUGAUGACAAUUCACUAUAGGGAUCAACUUAAUGGGUUUAGACAUGUAUUUAUUGAACACAUUUCAUACUCGGUAUAUUCCAUGCCAAGAAUUUCCAAGCAUAAAAUAUUAUUAACAAA